UUUAUCUUGCCGAGUUGGAGGAUCUUCACUGUGACACGGAUGUCCUCGGAAGUGGUCUGAAAAAAGUUUGACCAGUUAGGGGAAGAAAAGAAGAUCGUCCGGUACAAAAGAAAAGCUGCACCUUCUUAACCGAUCGGUGAACGUUCCUAUGUAAAUGUCACAGGCGGUGCUUGGGAUUUAAUGUGAGAAACAAAACGCCUUUGCGCUCGUCAAGAAAUCGCAGGAUCGGUGAUGAGGAAAUUGUAUUGAGAAACAUCAAUUCUCAAACGAAAUUGUUCGACGAUAAUAAUAAUUUUCUGUUUGAACAUCAGCAAGAUGGGAUCGAAGAUAGAGUACGUGGAAUCAUCUCAUAUGUACGCGACGAAUUAUAUUCGAAAUUCGAAGGCGAUCGGCGUUCUAUGGGGUAUUUUUACCAUAUGCUAUGCCAUUAUCGGGGUCGUGGCCUUUGUCACCCCAGAAUGGUUGGGCGAUUUGGAGCACGAGAACCCUGGAAGAUUUGGACUCUGGACCAGAUGCAGCUACGGUGGAAAUGGUGAAUUGGGCGAAGAAUGUAUCGGCAGACUGGACGAUUUAUCGACGAUCGCUAACGUUCCUUUCAGAAUAAGCACCAUUCUAGUCGGCAUCGCUGUGAUAAUCGCUCUAUUGACGAUCUUCGCGAUGCUCCUGUUCUUCUUCUGUCAGAGUACAACCGUGUUCUACCUUUGUGCCUGGAUGCAAGUGGUAUCAGCUAUAUCAAUGGCCAUUGGAGUUUGCAUUUACCCACUGGGAUGGGAUUCACCGUUAAUUCGGGCCGUUUGUGGCGCAGCUGCCUCCAGAUACAAUCCAGGAGCGUGCGCCGUUAGAUGGGCGAUACCGUUAGCAGCGAUUGCCGCUUUGGACGCUGUCACCUUGGCUGCUCUUGCUUUCAUUUUGGCGUCCAGGCACGUCAGACUCCAGCCAGAACCUUUUAACAAUGGUUCCUUAUACAAAGGCGAAGUGAAUCCAGGAUACGUGAACGAAGCUCAAAGCGUAGCUGGUUCACGGAAGUCCCUGUCCCUGAGACCGGUCCUCUUGGUCGCUCCACCGGAACAGGAUCGCUAUAGCGAGCUCUCCAGAGCGAAGUCUCAUUCCCAUCACAGCUUGUACACUCCAGCUCCGUCGCAUCCAGCUCAUACGAUGUCGACGAACACCUUGAAUCAUUCUCAACACAAUUUCCAAUUGUAGGGGUAUAUCGGAGAACGAAGGUUACAUCGUUGUACAUAGAGAAUCGUAUCUCGUUGUUGCAAACGUCCCGACGAAUUUAUUGAUAUUACUUAUAAUAGACUAGAAGAGACGAGGAGAAGCACUGUACAUAAGAGAAUCUUAGAAUUUUUUGUUUCUUUAUGUAUCAACGAUUUUUCUUCCUCUUUUUUUUUUUUUUUUUUUUAUAGUAAUUGAUCUAUCGUGGAUCAAUAACUAUUGUAACGAAGUAUGAAAGAAGAAUACUUGUAUCGGAUGAUACAUAUUUGUACAUAUACAGACGUAGCUCAUAAAUUUUUUUACCAUGUAUAUUCGAUGUACGUAACUGAAAUUAGUCUUACAUGUAUAAUGUAUUAUAUAUAUAAUUUUAUCGUUCUUUUUUUCACCGUCUAUUCUUAUCUAGGGACUCACAAAACUUCGUAGAUUCAUUUCAGUUUUAUUAGAAACAGGUAACAUAAAGUAUUAUCUUACAGAACGAAGAGAAUCUUACAUAGCGAAUUAAAAGGAAAUUUAUGUAUCGCUGAAUAAAGACGAGAUAGUGAACAUCA